GCUUAUCAGAUAAAAUUUCUGCUUAUCAGAUAACUUUCACAGGGCUUUUGAUCAAGAGCCUUCAAGUUGGUCAACAUAUUCCAAUUUCAAUUUCAAACCACGACCCAUGGCUGCAGGCUAUAUGCCUCUCCCUCAAACGGAGCCCCAAGUCGACAGCGAGGUUCGUUCUGUCCUUGCUCAAGAGGGGGACGCACAUGCAGGCGUUAAGAAAGUCGAAGCCGCACAGCGCAUUUACGGGCGGCGUUCCCGCUGGUGCCUUUUUAUUGGCCUUGGACUUGCAUCAUAUAUAUAUUCCCUUGAUGCGUCGACAACAUCUGUAUACCUUACAUUUGCUACUUCAAGUUUCGGCGAGCACAGCCUCAUCAGUUCGAUCACUGUUGCACAGUCACUCAUUGUUGCUGUUGGUAAACCCGUAAUUGCUAAAGUCGCAGAUGUCUCAUCGCGAGGCACUGCCUAUGUUGGCGUUUUGAUUUUUUAUGUUCUCGGUUAUAUUGUAAUAGCUUCUGCUCCCAAUGUCAGUACUAUUGCCGGGGGCAUUGUACUGUACGCUGUUGGGUUGCAACUACUUACACAGAUUAUCAUCGCUGAUAUUACCACACUCGCAUGGCGAGGGCUUGUAGUCUCCCUCGUCUCUGCACCGUUCCUUAUCAACGCAUUCAUUGGCUCGAACAUAGCCUCGGCAGUUCUCGAGCAUGCCGGUUGGCGAUGGGGUUAUGGCAUGUUUGCUAUCCUUGUCCCCGCCGCCCUUGCACCACUCAUUAUCACUCUUCUGUGGGCGGAGCGUAAGGCUAAAAAGCUUGCCCUCCUCGACGCCCCCGUACCACGCAGUCGCAGCGGCUCGCGGCAGCCUGGCCUCACAUAUGGGUCCACGAAGGCUCGAUUCCUUCGGACCGCUGAGCAGCUUGACCUAGUCGGACUCGUCCUCCUCGGGUUUGCGGUUUCGCUGACCUUGCUUCCAUUGACAAUUAGUCAAACUGUUAAGGGGAACUGGAAGAACGGCUCGAUCAUUGCAAUGCUUGCUGUAGGAGUCGUAAUUCUUGUCAUGUUCACAAUCUGGGAUCUAUAUUUCGCCAGAGUGCCUGUGAUCGCUCCGCGGUUUGUCAGGAAUAAAAGCGUAGUGUGUGCUGCGUUGAUCGGAUUUUUCGACUUUAUGUCGUACUACCUCACGUUCACGUAUCUGUUUUCGUUUGUCCUGGUGGUGAAACCUUGGUCACUCGUGAAUGCGGCGUACUUCAUUCAGACGCAGUCUGUUGCACUAACAUUCUUUGGCAUCCUUGCGGGUCUCAGCAUGCGAUUCCUACAUCGUUACAAGUACGUACUCGUCAUCGGACUCAUAAUUCGUCUAGCAGGUGUCGCCAUGAUGAUCCAUUCUCGCGGUGCCAAUGCCUCGGAUGCUGAGCUCGUGUGGACUCAGAUCCUUCAAGGUUUCGGCGGAGGUUUUGCCGCUGUUUCUUCGCAGGUAGGUGCGCAAGCAUCCGUGCCUCACGCAGACGUGGCGAUCAUCACGGCGGUCGUGCUCCUGGUAACCGAAAUCGGGGGUGCGGUCGGGAACGCAUGCGCCGGUGCGAUUUGGUCAAACACCAUGCCAGCCAACCUAGAGAAGUAUCUGCCCUGGUUGAGCGACGAGCAGCGCGCGGAGCUGUACGGGAGCAUAACGUUAGCAGCGGGUUAUCCACGUGGUGAUCCCGUGCGCGAGGGCGUCAUCAGUGCAUACGACGAUACGAUGAAGAUCAUGGUCAUCGCAGCCACUGCACUCAGCGUAAUACCUAUUUUGCUUGCCCUCGCGAUGCCGAACUGGUACUUGGGGGACAAACAGAAUGCGAUUGAUGCUGUUGAUCUUACUGGGAGGACGGUGCUCGAAGAUGGCGAGGAGGAUGACGAAGAGGAGGAGCCGUAGUCUUUUGGGGCAACUUCUAGGAUGCGUUCAAACAGCAUUGCUUCCGAUGCCCUGCUUAUAUAGAUCAUGAUUGGAGCUCUUGAGAAGUUCAACAUGAUUUUCAUUAGAGUCUGGAUGUGCAUAUAGUACAUAUAGCGAACCCGUAUCUGGGUCGACGAGUAUUUAUUUGAGUUGACGUCGGACGAAUUAGCACUCAGCGUGGUGCCUGUUUUGCUUGCCCUUGCGAUGCCGAACUGGUAUUUAGGAGACAAACAUAAUGCG